CUGACUCUCACUGGCUGUGACCAUGAACACACUGGUGAUUGCUGCUGCCGCCAUGGCCAUGCUGGCCACCCUCACUCUUGCCCAGGACCCUGCGAACGAAUGGCUUGGCUACGCCACGGCUACGUACCCGCAGGGGACCAAGAUCACGCGGGCCGAGGCAAAGUGGCAGGUGCCGGCCGAUCCCAAGGUCCCGGGCCUGUUCCAGUCGCCGUGGUUCGGCAUCGAGUCGACAGACAACCUCAACCUCAUCCAGCCGGUCAACCCGUGGGACGGCGCCCGGUGGUACGGCAUGACUGAGUACUUCCAGUGGUCUCCCGAGAACAACCGCGACUCGCAGACCAUCGAGGCGCGCGCAGGCGACACGCUCCACGGCACGGUUGUCUACGACGAGGCGACCCAGUCGUACACGCAGACGCAGAACAACCUGCGGACUGGCCAGUCGACCUCGAUGGUGGUCCCCAUCCAGAAGGACAGCAACGGCAACUACAAGAACUACGAUCACCUGUGGGUUGUGUACGAGAAGGUGCCCAUUGUUUGCGGCCAGCUCCCCGCAUCGGGCAAGGUUCUCUUCUUCGACAUCGAGAUCGAGUUUGACGGCAAGCUUGUGACGCCCGAGUGGACCACGGCCUUUGUUGUCGACAAGUGCGAUAACCGUGCCCAGCUCGUUAACUCAACUUCUGUCCUCCUCACCUGGAACCCUUGAUGCAGUGACGAUCUCUUUCUGCGCGCGCGUUCUUGCUAGCCCAUACCACCUUGCCUUUCUUGAUUGAACGAGUAUCUUUUGUCA